UCCUCACACAGAAGUGAAAUACCUUCGUUCUCAUAAGCACAUGACAGAGGAGGAGAAGCUCCUAAUCCGAACAUUCAAUACUGUGAAGCUACCAACAAGAAAAAUAAUGGCAAUCCUAAGUUACUUGAGAGGUGGAAACACUCCUUAUACCAAAAAGCAUGUCAGCAAUGUUAGGACAGCCAUUGGCAAAGAGAGCAAUCAAAAUGACAUGAUGCAGGUGCUAACAUAUUUCAGGAAGAGACAAGCUAAAGAUCCACAAUUUUACUAUGCGUUCAAGACAGCUAAAGUCUCUGAUGAAGCAAGUAAAGUUUUGUGCAUUUUCUGGGCUGAUGGGUAUUCUAGGAAGAUGUACGAGCUGUACGGAGACUGCCUCAGCUUUGACACAACAUUUAAGACAAACAGAUACAACCUUCCAUUUGCUCCCUUUGUUGGAAUCACAGGACAUGACCAAAACUGUUUGUUUGCUUGCUCUAUCAUUGAGAAUGAAAUAGCUGACACCUUCCAAUGGUUGUUUGAGAUGUUCUUGCAUUGCAUAGGUGGCAAAUCUCCAUCCACAAUCAUCACAGAUGAGGAUGCUGGGAUGAAGACAGCUAUCCCUCUAGUUUUCCCCCAUAUCUGUCACAGACGUUGUUUGUUUCAUAUUAAAAAGAAGGCCGAGGAAAAAUGUACUAGGACUUUUGCUGCAAAUAAAACCCUGCAUGAUGAUUUCAGUGACAUCAUACACAACUCUCUGACGGUGACUGAGUUUGAGAACUUGUGGACACAGAUGCUCCAGAAAUACAACAUUGGGCAUGUGAAGUAUUUCCAAAUCAUGUGGAAGAAAAGGAAAAGGUUUGUCCCUGUGUAUUUCAAGAAGAACUUCUUCCCCUUCAUUCACUCUACUGCACGUAGUGAAGGCACCAAUGCCAUAUUCAAGGACAACAUCACGUCAACUCACAAUGUGAUAAGCUUCCUACAAGAGUACCAGAAGAUUUCAGAAACUAUACAAGAUAAGGAGCGGGAGCAAGACUCUAUCACUAGAACAACUUCGCCAACAUUGUGGGCACGAAGUGAACUUGAGUUGCAAGCUGAAAAAAUGUACAACCGAAAGAUAUUUUAUAGAUUCCAACAACAGAUAAAGUUUGUGUUGAAUUUGCAUGUUGAAGAGGUUGAGAGAAAUGUGAAAUAUGAAGUUUACAAGACACCAAUGCUAGCUGAAAAAGAUUUCAGAACAAGAAGAUUUGUUGUGAUUGUGAACAUGCAGCAACAGGAGUUCAGUUGUAUUUGUGGGAAAUUUCAGAAGGAUGGCAUUGUGUGCAGCCAUGUCUUGAGAGUACUUUCUCAUCUCAACAUGUCUACGCUGCCAGAGAAAUAUUACAUAGACAGGUGGAGGCCAAAAAAUACAAAGGACAUACGGGACAUCCGUUUCAAUGUUCCUUUGGAACUGACUGCUGGAAGUCAACACUUAAGGUAUACCUUGCUCUCCAACAGGCUCAAUGAGAUGGCCUCAGAUGGUGCAUCAACAAACAGAAAAUAUCUAUAUGUUGUAGCAGAAAGUGAAAGGGUGCAACAGAGGUUGGAUGAGAUGACUAAAGAAGAUGAACUUGCAGAAGCACAACAAGCAAAUAUUGACAAGGACACAACAGAGUUUGAUGCAGGACCGCAUCCUGAUGGCUAUGGGGACAAUCUUCAGGAUCCUGAUGUUGCAGUAUCAAAAGGGCGUCCAAAAAAAGGACGUUACAAAACUUUCAUGGAAGGUUUACUAUCUAAACAGAAGUCACAUGCAGUCGUUGUGGGGAGCCUGAUCACUAUAAAAAUAGUUGUACGGCAAGACCUGAAGAUAUCGAUUUGGCUCACAAAGAAAAAGUCAGCCGCAAACAUGUCUCAGCCUCUGCUGGGACAUCUACAGAGAAGCAGCCAGCUCAUGCAAAACCGAGCAAGAAGGCGAGAAAAGGAAACUGAGAAACUGGGUGCUACAAGUUCAAGAAGGCAUUGGUCUGGUUUUUUGAUUGUCCCUGCGAGCACUGAAAAAAUGUAAAAAUGAGCCAAGUGUGGUCCUCGUUCUGCCAACGAACAGAAACCAAAGAAAAGAACUAUAUGAUGGUUCAUGGAUGAUAGCACUUUUGCUAUACUAUUUUAAGAAAAAUGCUGAUGUUUC